UCUUUCUCCCGCGGCGCGCGAGACCCUCUCUUUCCCCGCCCCUCCCCCCGGGAGAGCUGCCGCCGCGAGACCCUCGCGCGUGCCCCGGUCGCCGUCCCCUCCCCCUUCUCGGGCGCCUUGCGCCCUCCCCGGGCUCUGGAGGAGAGGGAGAGAAAAAGAGAGGGGAGAGAGAGAAAGAAGAGAAAGAGAGCGAGAGCGCGCGCGUGAGAGAGAGAAAGAGAGAGAGAGAGAAAGAGAAAUAGAAAUAAGAGCGCGGCGGUGCUGGGCCCUGUCCCCCCCUACUCCCCCUUCGCUCUGCUUUCCUCUUCCUCUUCCUCCUCCUCUUCCUCCUCCUCCUCGUUCUCCACCUCCUCCCGCAGAGGCCCCCCCCCUUGGGGGGGGGAGGCCCCGGAAAGGGAGCGAUUCCUCCCCCACGUCCCCCCCCACACCCCCAGCACAACACUCCCUCACACACACACUCACCCACACCCACACCUGUGAGGAGGCCUCUCCCGUCCCCUCCCCCGCCCCGCCGCAGUCCUGAGGAGCCGCCGCGGCCGGUGGGGAGGAGAGCGAGGCCUGUGUGGGAGCCGGGGCCUCGGGGACUGGAGAGGGGCCCGGCGGCCCGGCCCUAGCCCUCGCCGCCGCCGCCGCCGCCGCCUCCGCCGCCGCCGCCGCUGCCAUGGCCCAGCAGCAGAUGACCAGCUCGCAGAAAGCCCUGAUGCUGGAGCUCAAAUCCCUGCAGGAGGAGCCGGUGGAGGGCUUCCGGAUCACCCUGGUGGACGAGUCCGACCUCUACAACUGGGAGGUGGCCAUCUUCGGGCCCCCCAACACGCUCUACGAGGGCGGCUACUUCAAGGCUCAUAUUAAAUUUCCUAUUGACUAUCCAUAUUCACCACCUACCUUCAGAUUCCUGACCAAAAUGUGGCACCCUAACAUUUAUGAGAAUGGAGAUGUGUGCAUUUCUAUUCUUCAUCCUCCUGUAGGACCACAGAGUGGAGAACUACCUUCUGAGAGGUGGAACCCUACUCAAAAUGUCAGGACCUAUCUGUUGAGUGUAAUCUCGCUGCUUAAUGAGCCCAACACUUUCUCUCCAGCCAACGUGGACGCUUCAGUCAUGUUCAGGAAGUGGAGGGACAGUAAAGGAAAAGAUAAAGAAUAUGCUGAAAUCAUUAGGAAACAAGUUUGGCUACUAAGGCUGAAGCAGAAAGGAUGGAGUGAAGGUCCCACUACACUGGCUGAAUAUUGCAUCAAAACUAAAGUGCCUUCCAAUGACAACAGUGCGGAUUUACUUUAUGACGACUUGUACGACGAUGAUAUUGAUGAUGAAGAUGAGGAGGAAGAAGAUGCCGACUGUUAUGAUGAUGAUGAUUCUGGGAAUGAGGAGUCGUGACCUGCCCCUCUGUGCCCCCUGUACUGCCCAGCCAUCUCAGGCCAAAGGGAAGCAGCGGUAACUCAGCAGUCCAGUGGCAAAAACCAUACACAGGGGGUGGGGAAAACAAAUGUGUCUACUGCUGUCUCCUGUUGUGUGGAUCUCAGUUUGCUCCUUUUUAUGGACCUCUCACUGGAGAGGAAGUAACCCUCCACAGAAUGUCUGAAUUCUUGCAUUCUUUAUCCUUCCAUCACUGUAUUACGAUUCCUUUUUAAACAAAACCCGAACUCCCUUCUCACUUCAUCUCUACAAAGUGUUCACAGAGAAACACGUUUGGUCUGUGUUUAGAUUCUGAAGAAUUAAAUACAGUCUCUCAUCAAGACGUUUAAUGUAUUUAAAGCUGGGAACCCACCAGAAGUUGGGUCUUUGGGAGUUCAACAGUGCUGCAUAUACUCUGGUAGCAAAAUAAAAACCGGAAAACAAAACAAAAAACAACCCACAAAACCUUUUAAAAAAAAAAAAAGAAGCAAAUUUGCCAGGUUCUAGCUGCUCCAUUCUGACAUAGCGUGUGCACACUGCGUUCACCUUGUGGUGGUAAAUUUUGUUUUCCUCCCUUUUUUAAGGUGUGAGGCAGAUGGUGUGAGCAGCUGUGUGCUGAGCUUGAGGAGAUGUGUCACUGAAAGGCCAGUGCGACUUUUCAGCCAUCUCUGAAACAAUCUUAAUAUUGAGACCUCAGCUAUACUGGGGUGGAGAGAAAAUCAGAUUUAAAAAAAUUGAUUAGGAUCUAAUGCCUGAAUAAUAUUCAUACUUUACAUAGACUGAGCACAUCGGUUGCUAUUUAUUUUUUAAGGCAGGGGUUUUUGUGGGAUUUUUUUUGGUGGUGAGAAGGAAGGUUAAAAAAAAAAUCACUAUGCCAUUGUGAAGAUGCUGCUGGGGGGGAAAAGAACUCCUGGUGAUGGCCACCACCAGGAGGGGAAAUAGAUUUAAAACAAGUCCUUCCCCACAGGGAACAAUCUUAUGCUACCUGGUGGUCUGUGUUUUGGGUCUUUCAAGUAGCCGGUGUUAUUCAGCCAGUAUUAGUCCCAGGAGCAUGUCCAGUGUUCUGGUUUUGGUAUAUCAUUAAGCUACUACACCCUAUAGUGAUAAAUGUGGAUGUGAGUGAGUAGUGACUGUUACUGCUUUCUUCAUUGAAUGUAAUCUGAACUGAUAAAAAUUUCUUCUUGUUAACCUCCUUUGUCAUAGUAAAAGUCCUGCACUGAUGGGUGCCUGGCUGGAUAGCUCCAGAGGCAGAUUUGAAUGCCCUAAGGGAGAGGGUGGGCCCUGGGAGGGAAGACCUUACUUAGGUGCAGGCAGUAGAUGAGCCAUGUGGAGUCUGUGUCUGACUUGAAACACCACCUACAGUACAGUUCCCUUCUCUCUUUUAGGGGAAAUUUGUGGGAAAGUAGGGAAUUCCCAUGAUAAACUUUGUUCUGGAAAUCACUGCUUUUAAUUUUUCCAGGCCUAACCCCAGGAGGUGGGUCCUGGCAGCGUUUGACAACUAGGGAUUUCAGAUUUGAGAGUUUCUGUCAGAGUAAAGGUUCAUGGUUUCUUUCCAUAGCAGGGGGAGGGGAGGCAGUGAGGAGACCCCUAGAAUGUCAAAGUUUUCACACACUAAGUGUUGGGAAUAAAGGGAGCAUGACCACAGUCCUAUCUUGGAUGCAUCAGCUUCAUUAGUUCUUUUACUUGGCACUACCCUUUUGGAAUGUUCUUCAGCAAGAAAUCCUAGCUGCAUCCCAGGGAUCCUGUAGUGGCUAGGGAUUAAGAGUUAAUAAUGCACUCUUACUUAACUUCCCUUCCUUUUGAUCUCAGGGUUUCAUUAGCUCUUCAAUUUCUUGCUUUUUUGCCUAGCCUGGGCUAAAUCAUCUUUGGUCCUAAAACCAGCAAGAUGCUGGUUCUGUCUCCUGGGGGAGUGGGUUGGGGACAAGUCCUUUUUAAACAGAAAUUGAGGAUUAUUUGCCUGGGACCCUAAGCCAGCACUUGCUGCUAGCCACCCCUCAUUAAACAUCCUUCUAAUGCUGGGCUUUUAACUCCCGUGUUAAUGACCUAAGGAUGACUUCAGGGACCCCUAAUUUAUCUUAACCUGUCCCUGUGACAUCCACCAGUGUCCAGCAGCAAGAGUCAAAAGUAGCCUAGUUUUGUUUCUAAUAGAUCCCUUGCUGCUGAGACGUCUCCUACAAGCCAGUCUCGGCUCCUUUUUAUUUCAGUUGCUGCUGAGCCCCGGCUGAGGCUGUAUCCAUCUUCCUAAGAUCUAUCAGCCUCCAUUGCGUGUUGACUCAGGGAGCCAAAGAUGGAAGGUAGAGAAUGUAGGGUGAGCUUCUGGCUUAGCCUUAUGGUGGGUUACUUAGUGAGUGUGUGGCUACUAUCUAUUAAGAUUGUGUUCAAGAAACAUAUCUGGGGUGUAAUAGCUUUUAAAAAACUGUAGGCAUUUGUAAGACAGUCUGACUCUGUGAACCUAGUGUAUACAUCCCAGGGACUUCUGAGAAUACGUCUAAUUAACGUAACUGGCGUUGGUAGCAGCCUAUGCUAUCUGUGGGGAAGUGGCCAAGUGUGGGCCAUGUUUUCUAUUUCCCUUUUGUGGAGGUUAAGGGGAGGUGAUUCAAGGGCCAGAGGUUCAGGCCAGAUCAUUGUGACAGUAGCUGUACCAAUGACUCGGUUUGAAAUGAGGAUGGCUGCAUCUUUCAGGAUCUGCUUCCCUUUGUACUAGGAGAGACCGACCUUUAUGAUCUCCAGUGACUUGUAUAUUCAGGCUUGGUGGUAGAAGAUGCAUUAUCAUGAUUCUUUGUUGGUCCCCCUGCCCCCUCCUCUGCUUUAUUUGAAAAACAUUUCCAGUUUUUCCACCAUUUGACUAAUCUUUUCCUCUGUUACACCCAAGUGUCAUUUACUUGUUUACUUGCUGGUUUCUGUUGUUUUGGAGACACACAAGCAAAGUAAGGCUAUAAAAAGAUCUAAGAAAUUGAGGGGAAAAAGUUUACCUUAACUAGAACAUUCUUGCUUUUCUUACCCCAUCCUCCUUCCCAUCCUGAUGAACAAGGUUUACAUUUAUUAUUAAAACACGAUUCAGAUGCAACUUUCAACUGUUCUGAAACCAGCAGGAUGCACUAGACUUCUUAGUAAUUUUCAUAGCUGAAAUUCUAGAUGUUUUCCCUUUUUUCUUCAGUAUUAUAAUUUACCGGAAAGGAUUAACUGAUGCAUUUUGUGUUGUCCUCCUCAUUAGUAGUUUAUUUUUGUCUUUUCUGCACACCUGUCUACUAAUAAAAUGUGAAAUAAAAUAUAACACCUGUAUUGUUA